GGCUCAUGAUGGCGGCAGCUGCAGUAGCGGAGGUGAGCAGUGCCGGCGGCAGCAGCAGCAGCGAUACAUCCAGCACGGGCGAGGAGGAGAGGAUGAGGUGCCUCUUCCAGACCUGCGACGGCGAUGGGGAUGGCUUCAUCAGCAGGAAUGACUUGCUGAUGCUGUGCCGGCAGCUGAAUAUGGAGGCGUCUGUUGCAGAGAUCAUGUGCCAGCUGGGAGCAGAUGAAAAUGGAAAAAUUUCCUUCCAGGAUUUUAGUCAGUGCCACAUGGAACUGGUACAGGAAAUGAAGAAGGAAGAAGUGGAGCUUUCUGUGAAAUCGGAUGACUCUUGUAAAAAGAAAAAGUUAAGGGAUAGAGUAGCUUCCUGGCCAACUAGCAGCAAUAACAGUUUAGGUGCCUUAUCAGGAGCCAGAGAAAGUUGGGAGUAUGAUUCAGGAGCGAGAGAUCUUCAGAGUCCAGACCUCCACAGUCAUUUUCCUCUACAAAAGGUGUUGGGGUAUGGUGGAAGCAAUGUGACUCAACAGGCUACUCUACAAAGACUUCUAGCCCAGUCCUCAAGUUGUAGCAACUCUGUUGGAGGUAGCUACUUGGAACUUGCCAACACUCUUCAUUUAGCAGCCCUGGCUUCAUUAAAGGGAGACAUCGUGGAGCUUAAUAAGCGUCUGCAACAAACAGAAAAGGAGCGUGAUCUGUUGGAAAAGAAAUUAGCAAAAGCACAGCGUGAGCAGUCCCACCUGAUGAGAGAGCACGAGGAUGUGCAGGAGCGAACAACGCUGCGCUACGAGGAGCGGAUCACAGAGCUGCACAGCAUCAUUGCUGAGCUCAACAAGAAAAUCAGCCGGCUGCAGGGAGCAGCCAUAAGGGAGGAGGAUGAGUACUCAGAGCUGCAGUCGGAGCUGAGUCAAAGCCAGCAGGAGGUUAAUGAAGACUCACGCAGUAUGGAUCAGAACUCUGUCUCAGUGCCCGAGAAUCAGUCCACCAUGGUCACUGCAGAUGUGGAUAACUGUAGUGACUUGAAUUCAGAACUGCAGAGAGUGCUGACAGGUCUGGAAAAUGUUGUCUGUGGGAGGAAGAAAAGCAGCUGCAGUUUAUCAGUGGCAGAAGUGGACAGGCAUAUUGAACAACUCACUACUGCCAGCGAACAUUGUGAUUUAGCCAUUAAGACCGUGGAGGAGAUUGAGGGUGUGCUGGGAUGUGACCUUUAUCCACACCUAUCUGAGGAGAGGUCCCGGUGGGAGAAGAACCUAGCUGGCCUGCGGGAAGAAAAUGAGAGCCUCACAGCCAUGUUGUGCAGCAAAGAGGAGGAGCUUAACAGGACCAAGGCCACCAUGAAUGCUGUCCGUGAGGAGAGGGACAGGCUACGUAGAAGGGUUCGGGAGCUGCAGACUCGGUUGCAGAGUGUGCAGGCCACAGUCCCAUCCAGCCCAAGCCGCCUUACUCCUGCCAACCGCCCCGUCAACCCCAGCACGGGAGAGCUCAGCACCAGCAGCAGCAGCAAUGACAUUCCCAUUGCCAAGAUUGCUGAAAGAGUGAAGUUGUCAAAGACAAGAUCAGAAUCUUCAUCAUCUGAUAGACCUGUCUUAGGAUCAGAAAUCAGCAGCAUAGGGGUGUCUAGUACCGUGGCUGAACAUUUGGCACAUUCCCUUCAAGACUGCUCAAACAUCCAGGAAAUCUUCCAGACUCUCUAUUCACAUGGAUCUGCUAUCUCUGAAAGCAAAAUCCGAGAAUUUGAAGUGGAGACAGAAAGAUUAAAUAGCCGUAUUGAACACCUGAAAUCCCAGAACGACUUGCUGACAAUAACACUGGAGGAGUGCAAGAGCAAUGCAGAGAGGAUGAGCAUGCUUGUGGGCAAAUACGAGUCCAAUGCCACAGCCCUCAGGCUGGCUCUGCAGUACAGUGAACAGUGCAUAGAAGCAUAUGAGCUGCUGUUAGCAUUGGCAGAAAGUGAGCAGAGUCUCAUUCUUGGACAAUUCAGAGCUGCAGGUGUUGGUUCUAGUGCUGGGGACCAGACGGGUGAUGAAAAUGUCACACAGAUGCUUAAGAGAGCUCAUGACUGCAGGAAGACAGCUGAGAAUGCAGCAAAAGCCUUGCUGAUGAAGCUGGAUGGGAGCUGUGGGGGAGCCUAUGCAGUCACAGGCUGUAGCGUGCAGCCCUGGGAAAGCCUGUCCUCCAACAGCCACACCAGUACUACUAGCUCAACGGCAAGCAGUUGUGACACAGAGUUUACGAAGGAGGAUGAGCAGCGGCUGAAGGAUUACAUCCAGCAGCUGAAAAACGACAGGGCAGCAGUGAAACUGACAAUGCUGGAGCUGGAAAGCGUCCACAUUGAUCCUCUUAGUUAUGAUGUUAAGCCACGUGGAGACAGCCAGAGGCUGGACCUGGAAAAUGCAGUCCUGAUGCAGGAACUUAUGGCAAUGAAGGAAGAGAUGGCAGAGCUCAAGGCACAGCUUUACCUGCUGGAGAAGGAGAAGAAGGCUUUGGAAUUAAAGCUGAGCACUCGAGAGGCCCAGGAGCAGGCCUACCUUGUCCAUAUUGAGCACUUGAAGUCUGAAGUGGAAGAACAAAAAGAGCAGAGAAGAAGGUCUCUCAGCUCAACCAGUAGCGGAAGCAAAGACAAACUGGGCAAGGAAUGCAGUGAUGGCACCACAACACCACUAACACUCGCUGAGCUGAGACCAUACAGUGAGAGUGAAGUGACUGCUGAGCUGACAAAUGCACUCAGGAGGGAGAAGAAACUGAAAGCAAGAGUGCAGGAGUUAGUGAGUGCUUUGGAGAGACUCACGAAGAGCAGUGAAAUCAGACAUCAGCAGUCAGCAGAAUUUGUUAAUGACCUUAAAAGGGCAAACAGCAACUUGGUAGCAGCUUAUGAAAAAGCAAAGAAAAAGCAUCAAAAUAAGCUGAAGAAACUGGAAUCACAAAUGAUGGCCAUGGUGGACAGACAUGAAACUCAAGUAAGAAUGCUCAAACAAAGAAUAGCUUUAUUGGAAGAAGAGAACUCUAGACCACACACCAAUGAAACUUCACUUUAA